AUAACUUAAGCACAUAUAAAGGAACAGCCAGUCUCCUACCAGGCUGUGAAAACUGAGACAUUGUGAAGGCGAGUGUUCUGCUUCAGACUUACUUUGUUCUUAACAAGCUCAGGUGCAUUUCUCAAGUACAAUGGCAAAGCGUGUAGCAGUGAUCCUUGCUGGCUGUGGAGUCUAUGAUGGGACAGAGAUCCAUGAGGCUUCUGCUAUACUUGUACACCUUAGCCGGGCUGGCGCCAAGGUUCAGAUGUUUGCCCCCAAUGCUGAGAUGAUGCAUGUAGUGAACCAUUGUGAGGGAAAACCUGUGACAGACAAGCGGAAUGUGAUGCAGGAAAGUGCCCGCAUAGCUCGAGGAGAGGUCACUGACCUGGCCAAAUUGGACGUCAAAGAUCAUGAUGCUCUCAUUAUUCCAGGAGGGUUUGGAGCAGCCAAGAACCUAAGUGACUGGGCAACCAAGGGAAUGGAGUAUUCAGUGAAGCCCCAGGUUGAGCAGGUCAUCAAGAGUUUCCACAGGGCAGGCAAGCCCAUGGGCAUGUGCUGCAUCUCACCUGUGCUCGCAGCCAAGACCAUUCCUGGCUGUGAGCUCACCGUAGGCCAUGACUUCGAGUGUGAGAAGUGGCCAUAUGCUAAUGUUGCCAAGUCAAUGGUAGAACUGGGCUGCAAGCAUGUGAAUAAAAAUGUGGAAGAGGUGCAUGUGGAUAAGAAGAAUAAACUUGUGACAACUAGUGCCUUUAUGUGCAAUGCCCCAUUGCACGAGAUAUUUGAUGGACUUGGAAUAAUGGUAACUGACGUUCUUAAAAUGGCCUGAUUUUAUACAUUUUGCACUGAUUAUUUAGCCAUAAUUUCUCAAAAUUACUUUGGAGGGUCAAGAUGAUCAGUGUAUUUUUUUAUUAUUGUGAGGAUGCUAUUUAUUUGCUAUGAUUUCUACUUACUAAACAGUGACUUCAAACAAUAAUUAUUAGCUGCCUUAGAUGCUUUUGUGAAAAUAUUUGACAAUAAAGUUCAUGUUUGUGUCAUAGCAGGAUUGCAAUUAUA